AUGCAUUUUCUGAGAACAAAGAAAAACACGGAGGCUCUCACGCAUGUACGAGACUUCAGUCAUGAAAUUAACUUGCAAAGACCAGAGGAGUCACUAGCAAAAGGCCUCGCUCAACGUGUCAAAUGGGAAGUUGACAAAGAGAACAAAGGGGAGAGACUGUUCGCCGAUUCUUUCAACUAUUCUCUUGCUACGUAUCGAGAUGAAGAGCCACCGGAAUAUACCGAGUCACCUAUUGAGCCGACUGACUUCAAUGAGUUCUAUCAUAUAACCAAAGAGCUUGAUGACUCCUGGAAAAAAGUAAUCGAGGAACUCAAUAAAAAGCUCGGACAGAAAAUAGACCUCACCGAGCUUUUGGAGCAUCCAACUCCUGACAAGCUAGAGGGGAUCGUCCGCCAAGCACAAGACUCGUUUCAAGAAAGAAAAUUAACAAAAGGGGGUACCGUAAAGGAAUGGGUCCACAAGAUUGCAAGAAGAAUAAACAAUCACAGAUAUCUCCUUGACAUGCUUCCAACGGGAGACAAGUACUUGUCAAUUCUUACCGGUGGUCUAACGGCUUGUGUCAAGGCUUCAAUCGAGCAUCAGGAAGUAGCAGAUCUAGUAUCUGACUUCUUAGAGAAGCUCUCCGACCAGACAUAUAAACUAUUCCGCGCUGUGAAAGGAGCACCUCGAAACGAUUAUAUUAGCUUACAUGUGACCAAAUUUUAUUCCAUUAUGUUCGACGCUCUGGUGAAGAUACUAAAACAAUGGCUUUCAUCAGCCUGGAACCGUCUCACCAACAGCUUUGGAAGCACCUUCAAAAAGGACCUGAAAGGAUCAAUGGAGAAGAUGGAAUACCAUGUCAAAGAAGCUGUCGAAGAAUUGAAUUCGAUCACUUUACAAGGUCUGGGUGCUCUGGUCCAGGCCGCCUUGGUUGGCUCCCAGCAAGACUUCAUCGACGCCGCAGGAUGGCCUGGGAACGUACCGAUACACUUCAUGCAAAUUCAUAAUUCAUCCCGCUCGCCCCCGGUAGAGAUGGCUAAAAGUCACGGUCAGAAGGCUCAUCGUGAUGACCAUCAUGACAAUUCUAAAUAUGGCAAAUUUCUCUCAACCACGUCUGAGGUGCGAGAAAAGGAGAAUAGUGAAUCUUGGACAUCGCAGACAAUCCAGGAAUCCGUAGCAUGGAUGGAUAGAGAGCUAUAUAGUAGCCUGAUGCAAUGGACGACAUCAAACUCAUCCGAGGCGCUGUGGAUUGAAGGGCCGGCCGUAAUGACAGAGCCGUCUCAAAACACACUGACAACAGCGUUCAUCACCGCUAUUUUUCAACACCGACGAGUUCCAGUCAUAUCCUACUUCUGUUACUACGACCAGAGAGACUACGAAUCAUUUUCCUGUGAAGCAGAACUACUGAAAAUGGUCCUCGCAUUGAUAUACCAAGUCUCAACUACCCUCCCCCCGGAUAUAUCUUCUAUUCUAGACUCUGAAGACAUGCCCGACCUUUCACCGUCUAGAGUCGACUCCAUCAAACCACGCUUGGAAAGUCUUCCCAACGCAAUCGAAUUACUUGGAGACAUGCUAGCUCUUGGUCCCCCGCUAUUCGCAUGCUGUAUAGAUAGCUUGCAAAUUCUCGACAAAGAGGAAGAAUCAGCAAGAUAUAAAGCAUGUUUCAGACGGUUUGUUGAGAUUUUGGGAAAUGCGAAACCGAGUCAUCCGCGCAUAUUGAAGAUGUGGCUAUCAACUGACGGACAUAGCUGGUCACUGCAGGAUGCGGUAAAUGAGGGAUGGUUUCGGAGCCACCAGACUUAUCAUGAGAGUGAAGAUGAACCGUUGAUACUGGAUAUGGUUCGUGUAGCUGGAGCUACCUAG